UAAGCAUGCGUCAUAUAAAUAACAAUAAUGGCGGGUGAAAUUGAAGGUUGUGUUGAAGAAACAUCAUGCGGAAUGAAUCUACGACAGCUUCGUGAACGUGUCCGCCAAUAUAUAGACAAUCACCAAUAUGAGUCUGCAGUUUUUUGGGCAGAUAAAGCAGUUUCUUUGUCAAAUGGUGUUGUUGAAGACAUUUACUGGUAUGCACAAGCCCUCUACCUCACAGGACAGUAUCAUCGAGCAUCUCAUCUUCUUCGCAGUAAAAAACUCGACAAGACACAUGCAGAGUGUCGAUACCUGGCUGCCAGAUGUCAUUAUGAAUGUAAAGAAUGGCAGCUAGCUUUGAACAUCAUCAAUCUAUCUGACCAAAAUUCUAAUCAGACAAAAAUAUUCCUCAAUAAGACUUUGAACCAAAGUACAAAUAUGUCAGAAUUGAGUAUGUCUACGCAAAACAUGGAAAGCUGUAUAAACUUACUACGUGGCAAGAUAUACGAAGCCAUGGACAACCGUAUCUUAGCAACAGAUUAUUAUCGGAUGGCUUUAAAUCAGGAUAUAUAUUGCUUUGAAGCAUUUGAUCGACUAGUUGCUCAUCAUAUGUUGUCAGCUGAAGAAGAAAAGGAACUUUUAGAAUCACUACCAUUUAAUCAUCAAUGUCCUGAAGAGGAGAGAGACCUUGUGAAAUUUCUUUAUGAAAACCGACUUAAAAAGUACAACAAACCAGGGCAGCUGGACAUCCCUAACCAACUGGAAGCUUUCACCACCAAUUUAGAUGUUGAAGUGAACCUUGCAGAACGUCAUUAUUACAACUGUGAUUUCAUUCGUUGUUACAACAUCACUCAUAGUGUUUUGAAGAAAGAUCCCUACAACAGUUUGUGUCUUCCUUUACACAUUGCAGUCUUAGUGGAACUAAAAAAGUCAAAUGAGCUAUUUUACUUAUCCCAUAAACUGGUAGAUCUCUAUCCUACUAAACCAGUGGCCUGGUUCUCUGUUGGCUGCUACUAUUUGCUCAUAAAUAACUAUGAACCUGCACGUAGAUAUCUAACGAAAGCUACGACGUUAGACCGUAUGUAUGGCCCAGCAUGGUUAGCAUACGGCCACUCAUUUGCAGUAGACCAAGAGCAUGACCAAGCUAUGGCAGCUUAUUUUACAGCAUCCCAGCUAAUGAAAGGCUGUCAUCUACCUGUUUUGUACAUUGGCUUGGAGUAUGGUUUGACCAACAACUCUAAACUAGCAGAAAGAUUCUUUAGUCAAGCAUUGACCAUUGCUCCAGAAGACCCUUUUGUUCUUCAUGAGAUGGGAGUAAUUGCUUUCCAGAACCAGGAUUAUACUACAGCAGAGCAAUAUUUCUUGGAUGCCUUAGAGAAGGUCCGCUGUGUAAGUAACCAGAUUACAAUAGAGAAAUGGGAAACCCUCCAUAACAAUCUUGCUCACACAUGUCGAAAACUCAAAAAAUACAAAGAAGCUCUCGAGUACCAUGAGUAUGCCUUGACCCUUUGCCCUCACACACCGUCCACAUAUUCAGCCAUCGGCUACGUCUAUGUACUGAUGGGUCAAAGCCUGAAGGCUGUCGAUUAUUUCCACAAGGCCCUGGGUAUUCGCCGUGAUGACUCGUUCUCAACAACUAUGUUACAGCAAGUUCUUGAUGUCCUGAUUGCAGAGACUGUCCCCUUCGGUGACAUACCAAAUGAUGUGCCCUCACUUGAGCUUGUUGACUGUCCAAGCAACCAUCCUAAAUUCUCCAUGUCAUCUGACACCGAUGAAGUGGACAUGGAUGGAAGCAGUGACGGAUAAACGACACUAUGAAGAUAGACCACCUUAAAGAUUCCUUUGUUGAUAUAUUUUUAAAACAUCUCUCUCUCUCUCUCUCUCUCUCUCUCUCUCUCUCUCCUUAUUGUCCAAUCAUCUGGAUACAGACUAAAACUGAGCAGAGUACGUCACUAAACUUAUGAAAUGAGCUCUAUUUUGCUAAAGCUAUGAACCCAGUUGGCAUACAACUUAAAUGAGUUUGGGCAGCUGUGCUACAGUAAUGGAUGGCUUUGAUUUUGAAAUACUCAAUGGAAUGCAUUUGAUGUACCAGUGGAAUGUCAUUUUGAUUUUGGAAUAUAACCACAGUGGAAUGAUCUGCUGCACUUAGACAGCAACACUUUAUUGCAAUAUUGGAAAAACACUUGGAAAUGUAGUGCAGUGGUGUGUAUAUAUGUAUGUAUGUAUGUAUGUAUGUAUGAGGGGGGGUGUUGAUUAUAGUUAAUACGAUAUUGAUACAAAGGUGUGAUGGUGCGAGAUUAAGGAAACGACUAACUGUCCUCACUUAUAUAGUUCCCUUCUAGGCACACAAUGUUAAAUCUUACUGUAUGGACUUAACCAGUUACUGGUUGGUUUACAAGGACAUAAACACAUUAGAACACUUCUUUCCCUUGCUUGCUGCAUCAAAUAGGUAAGGAGAGUAGCUACAAAAUGUGCAUAUUUUGUGUGUUCUUAGAAAAUGUUCAUCUGUGUGUAUGUGUGUGUGUAUAUUUGCAUGCACCCUUGUAACCCCACUUAGUAAGCGAUCUUGGUGAGACAGGGAGAGAAUUAUUUAGGAGUGCUUCUUAUGAGACUGACUACAUCUUUGAGUAUAUAAUGUAAACUCUCAUUAAUGAAUAUGUACACAUAAAUGAACAUACACUUUAAUAGACAAACUCACAUACACACAGAGCAAGAAACACACUUGUUCUCCACUAAGCUUGCAGCAUGAAAAAUUCUGAAUGGGAAUUUGAUGAAAUCAGACAGCUAUCUUGCGAUGUCGUUUCAAAUCUCUCAUUGUGGGUCCUUCCUGUUGAAGAUAUCCACUGUUAACUUAACCUUGUGAAGGGACAUAUUUCAAAUUCUGCGCCAAACUAGGUCUGCUCUUUAUCAAUGUGACCAUCCCAAAGUAGGAAGCAACAGUUUUUACAAAAUCUCCUCUCCCACCUAUCAAAGACGAACAACAGAAAUUGAACAUUUUUCACGACUAUUAAUAAAUUGAAUUAAUAUA